AUGACAUGCUCGUAACUUGACACUGACUCCCAGUUACCUAUCCUCAAGUAUGAUCCAUCCAGCUCGCGUGCACGUCUUAAACACAUUUGAGAAGCUUAUGCAGCUUAUACCCGAAGCUGAUCGUACAAAGCCCCAAAUUGUGAUACUUGCUGGUGGAGUUACACCUUACAGAAAUGAUACGGAUCGUGAAAUGCCAUUCCGUCAGGAAUCAAACUUUUAUUACCUUUCCGGAUGUGAUGUUCCCGGUUCCUAUCUUCUCUUGGUUUACCAAGCCGGAACAUAUCUAUCGUCUGCACCUGCUAUCGAGCUUUACAUUCCUGAGAUACAGCUUGCAGACCUGAUGUGGAGUAUCCCUCCUCCCUCAAUCGCCGAAGCUUCUCAACUCUACGAAACUACGCGACUCGCCUACGUCCCUGCUCUCACCGAUGCUAUCGUUACCUACCAGAAGGCUUUUCCUGAUGCUAUAUUCCACACCCUACCCAUCGGAUCUCCACUUUUUCCGGAACUCAAGGGCGACUUUACGCAGUUAAAGCUCUCUCCAACGGAUGCAUUCCUUCUUUCUGCACUGCAUCAAGCACGUCUCAUCAAGACAGAAUACGAAAUUACGCAAAUUCGAAAAGCAAAUGAGAUAAGCUCACGGGCUCAUGAAGUUGUCAUGCGAACCCUUGGUCGAGCCGUUAGGGGCUUGAUCAAGCGUGAACCUGGCGCAGCGAUCGAGCGUCCACUUCUCCCUGGUGAAUGGCUUAUCGAGAAGGAAGCUGAAGCUGAAGCGAUUUUCGUUGCGUCUUGUCGACGAGAAGGAUCCGUUCAACAGGCGUAUCUUCCAAUCGUUGCAGCUUCCACUCGCGCCGCUACUUUACAUUACUGUUGCAACGACAAGGAAUUCGCUUGGGGGCCUGUAGCACCGCACGAUCACCACAAUAAUGGGUCUUUCGUUAAUGGACAUGCCAAAGAUUUGCAGCCACAGGUCUUACUCAUCGAUGCUGGGUGCGAAUGGAAUUGCUAUGCCAGCGACAUCACGAGGACUAUGCCUGUCGGUAAUGGAGGCAAGUUUACACCAGAGGCUCGUGCGAUUUACGAGCUCGUACUCGAGAUGCAGAAGGUAUCCCUGGAAAUUCUGAAGCCCGGACUACAUUGGGACGCCGUCCAACUACUCUGUCACCGUACCCUUGUAAAAGGUUUCCAGAAACUCGGCAUUUUCCUCUCACCUGAGUCACCGAAUUCAGGUUCAUGGAACUCAGAAGAAGCGAUUCUCGCCUCUGGUGUUAGUGCAGCGUUCUUCCCGCAUGGAGUCGGGCAUAGUCUUGGACUGGACGUACACGACGUUCCGAGUGCCAGCAGACCAGCUGUUAAUAAUACGAUUGGCAAAGGAAAGGAUCUCCGUUGUCCGGAUUUCUAUACUUAUUUGAGGUUGAGGCUACCUCUUCAGGAGCGUAUGGUCGUUACUGUUGAACCUGGCAUAUACUUCCACCCGCAUUUACUCGCACCAAUACGCUCUUCUCGACACAUUGAUCACGCGGUACUAGCACGUUACGAAGCUGUCGGUGGAGUGCGCAUCGAGGACGUUGUACUCAUCACGGCCGACGGUCACGAGAAUAUUACCACCGUUGGUAAGGAAACAAGCUGGAUUGAAGGUGUUUGCUCUGGGGAGCUGUAAGAAUGUACGUUGAGGAUUGAGGACAAGCGGAAAUAAUAAUUUGUAUGCAUACGUAAACUUGGAAAGUUGUAUCAAUAUGCACCUUGAU